AAUCUACGAUCAGCCACAGGUCAGCUGAUCCUUCUUCUGCCAGGUGGGGAGCAGAGUGCAGGUAGAUGAGGAGCAGAGCGCUGAGGAGAUACAUAUUCUCACAGUCAGUUUUAUUCUAGAAGAAAAGGAGAAGCAUGUCCAUUAGUCGUGAAAACUGGUCAGCUUUGUCCAUACUUGCCCAGCAAUGGACAAUGGAAGAUGAAGAAGAAGUGGAGAGAGAGAGGAGGAGAAAAACAAAAAGUUCUGUGAGUGACGUGGAUCAAGACAAUGUUUUUAGUGAUGACACUGAAGCUCAAAACACUAGUGAGAGUGCAGCGGCUGAGGACAGUGACUCCGGUGGAGGAUUGGAGAAGCUGCAGCUGGACUUUGUGGAGAUGCUACGAGUACGAGAUGAACACAGGAGGAAGAGACAUGUGGAGACCCUGAAUAGGCAAAGGCAGGAGGAGAAAAGUGGAUUUGAAUUUGAGGAAGAGGAAGACAGCACAGGAAAUAACAUGAAGAUAAACAUGCACAGCAACGUUGAGGCUCCCGUCACAUCUCCACCAGCAUCUCCUCUAAACCCUACAGCCCAGUCUCAGACCAGUUACUGCCCAGUUUCAGAAAUUGGCCCACAGAAAGAAAACGGAAACACUAAGGCUGAUUCUAAUUUAACCACACCAAAGGCACCACAUACAUUUGUAAGUUCUGUCUCCAUCCUGUUUGACAAAAAUGUUGCCAACCCAAGAGAGUCUCCGCCCUCUCAGAAUUAUCAGAGUGAGUCAGCAGAACCUACAGAUAAGCCUGCAUUUACACGACAGAGUUCCCGGACCAGGUCCUUCAGGAUACUAAAGAAGAAAGAGGAGGAAAACAUGCCAUUUCAAAGAAGUGCAAGUUUGCGGAUCACAGCAAAGAAAUUUGAAACCAACCAGAGAUCUAACGAUGAGGAGGAGCAGCACCCUGCACUUUCCAGAAAUUCCAGACAGAGGCUGUCCUCUCGUACCAUACAGGAGAAGAUGGAACGGCUGGCCCAGGCUUCACAGAAAUGGGAGGCAGUUAAAUCACCCACUAUUGCCCACAAGACCCUGUUCUUGGUGGAUGAAGUGUCCAGAAAGAGAGAGCUGUUUGAGAGAGACCAAGCUUCUAAAAACAACCCUGGACCAAAUAAACUGGAUUAUCGCACUUUGUCUGCAGGGAUUUCGAGCCAAGUUAAUCGCUGGGUUCAGAAGAAAACACUUCAGAGUUUGUCAUCACUUACACCGACUGACCUGAGACAUGUGGAUAUUUCCAGCAAGAAGAUGCUGUUUGAGGGAGGACAAUAACCACCACUAUCAUCAUCUUCUUCAUCUUUAAACCGUGGCACCUGACUUAAAAUCUUUGUACUACAUUUUGCAUUUGACUCCAUGCAUGUUUAAAAAAAAACGUUAAAUUGUGAAAGACUUUGUUUUCCUUUUAUUCAUAUUCUGCAGUUGUUAUAUAGCUCUUCUGUGAAUCUGUAAAAGCAUAUAUUGUUCUCCUGUAUAACUGGAAUAUUUUGUUUUGUGAAGUUUUUAAAGGUAUGCAAUACUCUUCA